AGUGAGGGGGCUUUCCCAUCCCCAUUGCUUGGUCUGGUGGCGCCACCUGCUGGUCACUCUGGGUAUCACUGUAGGGGCGUGGCCUGUACUCACCUGUGAUAACACAGGUGCAGUAGGUGAAGGCGUUACCCAUAGCAGCCAAUCAGUUCCAAAAAUGAAAGGAGCGCUCUGAUAGGUUGCUAUGGUCACCGGCCACUUGCUGUCAUCAUCCAUUAGGCCCCUUAUUCCAUUUCAUUCCCAGUGAGGUCCUAUUCUCCAUCCGGGCAUCCCCCUGCUACGCUAUGACGUCACGGCUAUCCCUGCGCUGCUGGCGCAGUUGCCAUGAAUACCACCGGUGCUGGGAGAAAAGGGGGGAUAGAGAGGAGGUUCCGGAAGUGACGUCAGGUCCCGCCCCGGUGCGGACGUGCCGCUGCGCCGGGAUCACGGAAAGAAGGAGCGAGAGAGUAGGCGGCAUGGAGCCUCCGAGAGAUAGUAAAGGCAGGCCGCGGUGACGUAGUGCUUGCUGCUCACCAUGCCAGGGAUUGUCGUGUUCCGCCGGCGCUGGUCUGUGGGCAGCGAUGAUUUGGUGUUGCCGGGAAUCUUUCUCUUUGUACUGCACAGCACAUGGUUUGUUAUCCUAUCUGUGGUUCUCUUUGGACUGACCUACAACCCACACGAAACAUGUUCCCUGAAUCUGGUGGAUCAUGGGCGUGGGUAUCUGGGCAUUUUGCUCAGCUGUAUGAUCGCAGAGGUGGCCAUCAUCUGGCUGAGUAUGAGAGGGGGAAUCCUGUACACUGAACCUAGAGACUCCAUGCAAUAUGUGCUUUACGUCCGGCUCGCAAUUCUGGUGAUUGAGUUUAUUUAUGCCAUCGUUGGUAUUGUCUGGCUCGCUCAGUAUUAUACAUCCUGCAAUGAUGUCACCGCAAAGAAUGUUACACUGGGGAUGGUAGUAUGUAACUGGGUGGUCAUACUCAGUGUCUGCAUCACGGUUCUCUGUGUGUUUGAUCCAACUGGAAGAACCUUUGUGAAACUGCGUGCAACAAAGAGAAGACAAAGGAAUUUGCGCACUUACAACCUGCGGCACCGCCUGGAGGAAGGUCAGGCCAGCAGCUGGACCCGUCGCUUGAAAGUCUUCCUAUGCUGCACGCGCACAAAGGACUCUCAGUCUGAUGCAUACUCAGAAAUAGCCUAUUUGUUUGCCGAGUUUUUCCGAGAUCUGGAUAUUGUCCCAUCUGACAUCAUCGCCGGGUUGGUCUUGCUGCGUCAAAGGCAGAGAGCAAAGCGUAACGCAGUUCUGGAUGAGGCUAAUAAUGAUAUAUUGGCUUUCUUGUCUGGCAUGCCAGUCACCAGAAAAACCAAAUAUCUGGACCUGAAGAAUACUCAAGAGAUGCAGCGGUACAAGGAAGUGUGUUAUUACAUGUUAUUUGCACUGGCAGCGUAUGGCUGGCCCAUGUACCUCAUCCGAAAACCAACAUGUGGCAUCUGCCGAUUGGCGGGCGCUUGCUCCAGCUGCUGUUGUCUCUGCUCUUCUCGUCCUCGCUUUGCCCCUGGAGUUACCAUCGAGGAGGAUAACUGCUGCGGUUGUAAUGCAAUUGCAAUAAAACGUCACUUCUUGGAUGAGAACAUGAACAUGGUGGACAUUGUGUACACUUCAUGUCAUGAUGCGGUUUAUGAAACCCCGUUCUUUGUUGCCGUGGAUCAUGAUAAGAAGAAAGUAGUGAUUAGUAUACGUGGCACCCUGUCUCCAAAGGAUGCCUUGACAGACCUCACAGGAGAUGCGGAGCGUCUGCCAGUAGAGGGACACCAUGGGACGUGGUUAGGGCACAAGGGAAUGGUUCUUUCUGCUGAAUAUAUUAAAAAGAAAUUGGAACAAGAAAUGGUUCUUUCUCAGGCAUUUGGCAGAGAUCUGGGACGUGGAACCAAACAUUAUGGUCUGAUUGUGGUGGGCCACUCACUUGGAGCUGGUACUGCUGCUAUUCUUUCCUUCCUUCUGCGUCCACAGUAUCCUUCCCUCAAGUGUUUCGCUUACUCUCCACCAGGGGGCCUCCUAAGCGAGGAUGCCAUGGAGUAUUCCAAGGAGUUUGUUACCUCUGUAGUGCUUGGAAAAGACUUAGUACCCAGGAUUGGUUUGUCUCAACUUGAAGGAUUCCGCAGACAUCUUCUAGAUGUUCUUCAGAGGAGCAACAAGCCAAAGUGGCGGAUUAUUCUAGGGGGGACUAAGUGUAUACCUAAAUCAGAACUUCCGGAUGAAUCUGAGGGGAUAACUGUGCCCAGUAACCGGCUCUGGACUCACCCCAGUGAUCUAACCAUAGCACUGUCAGCCAGUACCCCGCUCUAUCCGCCUGGACGGAUCAUUCAUGUUGUGCACAAUCAUCCAGCAGAGCAGUGCUGUUUCUGGGAUCAAGAGGAACCUACAUACUUUGCCAUUUGGGGAGAUAACAAAGCAUUUGAAGAAGUAAUAAUUUCCCCAGCCAUGCUGCAUGAACACCUUCCACACGUGGUAAUGGAAGGCCUGAACAAGGUAUUAGAAAAUUAUAACAAGGGCAAAACUGCCCUUCUUUCAGCUGCCAAAGUGAUGGUGAGUCCAACAGAAGUGGAUCUGAACCCAGAACUGAUCUUUAAUCAGCCUCCACAUCUGUCUCCCCCUAUUCUGGAGGUGAUCCCUGCCAUCAUGCCUGGCACGUAUGCCAACAGGAGGAACAGCAGCACCAGGAGUAAACAGUCUGAGAUCAGCCUUGAAGGAUUUUAUGACUCCCGUCUCCUGUCCCCGAUUCUGAAGGAUCCUGUGGAGCUUCUGUUGAUGAGCACCAAGGAUUGCCUGGCAGUAUCUCUGCAAGACCGCAGAGCGCCACUAGCUACGAUGGAGAGCCUGUCUGACAACGAGUCAGUGUACAGCUUCGAUUCCAGGCGUUCUUCUGGAUUCCGUAGUAUUCGUGGCUCGCCCAGUUUGCGAGCCGUUUUGGAGCGUGAUGAGUCACACUGCUUCUUCAUUGAUCCCACCAUUCCAGAGGAGAAUCCAUCCCUGAGCUCCCGCACUGAAUUGCUCGGAGCAGAUGCCCUCUCGAAGCACUCUCAAGAGAGCCAGCAUACUGAGAUUAUCCAUAACAGCGGUCGCUCCUCGCCUGGAGAUUUGCCACCCUGGGAUGAAGAAGCAGCUGCAGGUGCAGAGACCACCAGGGUGCAGACCCCAGCCCCAGAGGAGCUGGCUUUACAGAAUGGACGCCUCACAGAAGUUCCAAGUCCUCAAGUACUAGAAUUUGCAGAAUUUAUAGACAGUCUGUUCAAUCUAGACAGUAAAAGUGGAUCUUUGCAGGACCUUUAUCAUAUGAUGGUAACAGAAGGAACAGACCGUGAAAUGCCCAAGUCUGUAAGUGAUCAGGAGAUACUGCUUAGAGCACAGUUCGAACCAAAUCUGGUACCGAAGCCUCCUCGUCUCUUUGCUGGCUCAGCAGAUCCAUCAUCUGGCAUAUCUGUUUCGGCCUCUUUCCCUCUUAGCUCUUCAGGUGAGCUCAUGGACCUUACACCAACAGGUAUGAGCAGCCAGGAGUGCCUGACCCCUGAUCCCACCCGGACUGCUACACCAACAGGACCCACACAUGGCAAACAGGAAGAACUGCUCAUCUCUGCUCUCUAGCAAAACGCACAUACGAAGAGAUUAGUUGAAAAUGCAGCUUUAGGAGUAGAAUAAUGCCUGCUUACAAUAGGAAAAGAGAAGCCAGAGCUUAAUUACCUGUGGUAAUUGAGUUGGAGGGAGAGCUGCCCUCCCAACAAUCUAUUUUUAUGCCUGUGGCACCACUGUGUUACAGACUGCAGCAGCUGAAGGGGGUUCUCAAACCUUUUUGUGACGAUCACAAACCAAGGAAAGUGAUACAUUGCACUAAGAAGAUGCCACCACAUUGGCAGUCUUGCAUGGCUUGUCUCUUACCAGCUAAGAUUACUUGCCGACCUGCUUCACAAGUCUGUUCAGAUGUUGCAGUUGAUGACAUAUGAACUGUGUAGGCUUUUACGGAUGUCUACCAUUGGGUAUUUAUUACAUUAGUUUGUACUAUUACAAUUUGUGCAAAGGAGGUGUAGGUACAGUAUCAACUGUAACUCAAAAAUGGGCCAACAAGGACAGGACACCCUUCUGCCUUCAUUAUUUACAUAAUUUAUGUGCCAUGUGAUGGUUAAAAAGAUGAAUGCGAGACAAUAUGUGGCCUAAGUGGGCAUCAUUUAUUCAUCUUCAGUCUGCAAGCUGGACCCAUCCCCAAUAUAUUACAAGUUGGGGGGGAAAUGAGUGGGGAGGGAAUAUUAGAUCUGUUAAGUGUAACAUUGCAGGAACAUAACUAGUUAAAGUUGCCAUCCCAAGCUGAGACAGUGCCUCAGGGCAGACAUAGAAAUGUACCCCCUUUUUCUAAAUCCUUUAUGUACUACUAUUAAGCCCCCUUAGAUACAUCUAACAAUAAGAAUACCUGGUGAUUGAUUUCUUUUAGAUCAGUCGCUUUUGAUAAGCUAUACAAUUGUUCCCUGUAUAUCAGACCAGACUUCAAAAUCAGGUUUUUUACCAAUGACUUUUAGUCAAACUGUUACAUUGAGAGCCUUCAGAUGUUUACAAGAACUUACUGUGGUGGCUUUUUAAAGGGAUUGUGUAGCGCCACUCUUCUGCUCCAUCUGACAUCCGGCAUGAAGAGACUCUGCUGCACACAAGCCUUUCUUGUCCCAAGGCAAGUAGCCAACACCUGGCGCAUUCACCUAUCUUAUUAUUUAGAAUAGUAUGCAAAGGAAGAAAAUGAAAAUGCACUCACCGAUCUUGCUUGGAAAAGCUGGGUGCAAUUUAUUUCUGAAGACACAGAUACAUCCUCCAUGGAGGAAGGGAGAGACAACAGAUACCAUUGAGGAUGUAUCCGUGCCUUCAAAAAUAAAUUGCACCCAGCUUUUCCACGCAAGAUCAGAGAGUGCGUUUUCAUUUUCUUCCUGUGCAUACUUUUGUGUUUUUUUUUUCCAGGUUUAUGCACCGCAGCCUUGUGGAUUACAAAUGCCACCAUUUGCCUCCACUGUCUAUCGUUUGUUCUAUUGCCAAAACUUUUUUCCACUUGAUAGUGCCGGUUCUCUCUACUAUUUACAGUAUUAUUUGGAAUAGGACGUGUACAUUGCCUUCUGGGGGGGGGGUCAUAAAUUUGCCUUGGAAGCUCUCCUGCCCAAUGUGCUGCAGUGUAUUUUUCAUGCUCGAUGUGAGAGUCACUGUGCAACCCUUUAAAUUGACCACUUUCACCAGGAAUACAACAUGAAGUUUCAUUACUUUUGAACCUUUUCCAUGACCGUAUACUAUACAAAGUGCUUGAGAAGGGAAGUAUGUAAUGCCAUAUGACACAUGGGUGUCAGCUAUGAUUGUAUCUCAUACACUUAGCCAUGCCAGGUCCAAUGGCAGCAAUUUAAAGGGUUGUUCUGAAUCCUUUACCUUUCAGACUGAUAUAGAUUUUUCUUUUUACCUGCUGCUAUGGAACAGAAAGUAUACACAGGAGUCAGCGUAUGUGAGCUAGAAAGAAAUCUCAACCCCUGGUAGUUUUGCCAUAGACGUAAGUAAACCAAACAAAAGCUUACGGUCUUUCCUCUUUCUUAUUAGAAUAUAUUUAGAUGGAGUGAAUAUGCUAUGGAUUUUCUGUUCUGUAGAAUAUGACCGUAACAGCAAAGUGGAUCAGACAGUAAAAAUUCUGCCCAGACUCUGCGAAAAUUGAUCUAUGGUGUGGAUUUUAAAGGCGUCUUCAAGACUUGGUGAUUUGAAGGCCUAUUCUCGGGAUAGCAGUAGAUAUAUGAAGAGAAAAAAAUCCAACAAAGGUGGCGCUGCCUGGUGCAGUUACCAAGGGUAACACUUGUAUAGAAAGAUCAGUGGAAUUACACGUACCUGGUGAUGUUGGGCUAAGAGCUCAACCUCUUUUGUGUGCAUAUUAUAUAGAUGUAAGCAGGGCAGCUUCCAACCUGGACCCAAUCAUGGAAGAGUUCUGUGCACGAUUCUGGGAGCCGCUGGAAUAUCCAAACGAGCAAAGACAGGUUUUCUGUCGGGCGCACGCUGUACUGGUAACCGGUAAAAACCACAGACAUAGUUAAUAAAAUAAAAAAGGUUUUAUUAUGGAAAGCUGAUGACCUAUUCUCAGGAUAGACCAUGGAAAUCUGACCUGUGGGGUGUAGAUACCUAGCAGGCCAGACAGAUCAGCUGGUUGCCAAACCUGCGGACCUAUAAUACACAGUGGACAGAGCCAAGAGCAUGCUGCUCCAUACAUAGUCUAGUGGCUAUGCUGUGACACUGCUACUGCGGAUCAACUCCCAAAAGACCCGAGCUGUAGUAAUCCAGCAUGGCCACUACACAAUGUCUGUCUGAUUUCAGCUCCAUUCACUAUGUAUUACAGGUGCGGCAUCUUUUCUGCUAGAUAUCUACACCCCACUGAUCAGAUGUUUAUGGCCUUUCCUGGUCACAGAUGUGUUAGGGAUUUUCUCCAUUGACUUCAGUGGGUAAGUUAAAAUAUACAAUAAAUCAAUAUUGCACCAUAAUCUGCAUAAUUUUGAGUGGAUCUCUAUUUCUAUGCAGAAAUACCCUUUAUCUGCCCACAAAUCUGAAAGAAAAUCCACAGCAUAUCCUCCCCAUCUGAAUAUACCCAUUGACCUGGCUAGUCAACUCGGCUGAGCUCUACAGAGGGUAGCCGUGAGAGAGGUCUUCACAGAUACUUUUGUUUUUGUUUUUUCUAGAUGUUGUGGGAUUGUUUGUAGUCAUAAGGUUAUUGGUGGGUCCAUGCCAAAAACUUUUGGAUGUGCCAACAGUAAUCUAUUGUCUCUAGCCAGCAUACAUACCAACACUACAACAAUCUAGAACACCUAUACUGGAUACCGUCACAUUCGCACCCAGUGCAUGCCAUUUAUGGCUGUGACCAAAAAAGGCCAAGUGAAAGGCAGAGGGAACCCUAUUAAUGCAUUGAGAAAAACCUUUUAAAGGUGUGGUAUAAGAUUAGAAAAAUGUAGCUUCUUUCAUCCAGACACGAUGCCACAGCUGUUCAUGGUGGGUGCCAUGGCAUUGCAGCUCCAUUCCAUUCAGACCAAUAGAGCUGAGCUGGAAUACCUGGGAUCAUCCAUGUACCGUUCUCACUGUUUCUGAAAGAAAGUGGUUAUGUCCCUAUACUUGCUAUUUCUUAGAGCAGCAAUGGUAACUGACAUGUACUUCUACUGCAGUAUUUUUCCUUCAGUGAUAAAUUUGCCAAAAACUUGAAGGCCACAGUUAUCCUAGUUUAUAAAGUAAAAUCAUGUGCCAAGUACUAUACACUUUAUAGGUCCUAAAGGAGUGAGUCUAAUGAAAAUUGAGUUAGAUGUGUGUGUAUAUACAUAUAUAUGGAAUGUAGCUGAACAAGCGAUAAAAUCCUGAUACUGUCUUAACCUACUGUAUAAGUGUCAGAAAGGAUAUUAGAGGCAUAGCUUCUCUACCAUAACGUGAAUGAAGAGAUGAAAGGUGCCAAGAUUUGCUAUAUUUUUUGUUUUUGGAGGCAGUAGGCCUGGCAAGUAGUUACUCAGAAUAUGGAGUGCAAGACUGGUUGCCAUAGUGGUUGGCACUUUUAUGUAAUUGAGACUCUUCUAGCAGCAAAUGGUUCAAAAUCCAAAGUCUUCUUGAUAUCAUCUUUCUAUGGGGAGGACAUAUCAUCCCUCCCAUUACACUGUUCAUAGCAUGGUACAUUAUUCACGUAAUACUGGGUCCUUUGAAAGAUGCCUUUUAUGUGUCGAAAUAGUUGGGGCUGAGGCGUCCUAGGAAGGCUAAAAUAGCCUACAAGUUGCACUGAAGUCCCAAUCCCCUAACUGGUUUUACAGCUUUUAUUGUGGUGUUUCAGAACUUUGUCAUUUUAAUUGUAUAUUUAUUGACCCUCUUGUCCCGUGUUCUUUAUAUGUUUUUCGUUUAUCAGCCCUUGUUGUUGUGGCCCUACUAUGGGUUAUGUUCUUCAUGCCACCCUCUCAAGCUGGCAGGGACAUCUGAACACUGGAGAUAGUUUGUGUCCUUUUGCACAGUAGCUACACGAGAGCGUUAGAUUUCGGUCAUUGUUUCCAAAUGCACGUUUGUCACUAAUGGUGACCCCUGCUGAUUUUUAAGUUCUUCUAGAAAAUAUUACAAUUUCCAUUAUAGUUAAGUUGUGCCUCCUUGGGACUUGAGCAUUCAGCCUCAGUUUUGCCAAGCUCAUGAUAUACUGUCUUGACAAACCUAGAGGGAUUGUCGGCCCAUGUGCUUUACUUGCACCGAUUGAUGUCAUACCUUCUUACUGUGCCGCCUUGUUAACAUAGAUGUGUAUGUGAUAUUAAUAGGGAAGCUGGUGCCCUAGCAUUGUCAUUGCCAGGGCAGCGGGCACUCAGGGCAUCUCUUACAAUAUGAGGGAUUGAACCCUCGGCCUGAGUGCCUUAUGGGCUAUUGAGUUGGCUGAAUUUUUUCUGUGCAAAUAAGAAUGCCUUAAUUUCCAAGGACCUCGAAGCCCAGCUCCCUCUGAGCCCUCACCACUUUUAACAUUGUUUUUUAUGCUGGUGCCAUUUUACAGGGUUCAGAGAGGGCUGACGUCUUGCUAAGAGGCAAGCUAUUGUGCAUGUUCUAGUCCCCAUCCGCUGCUGUGUUUUGUGCCAUUGCCCAUCAUCAUUUGUAGUUUAUGUAAAAAAUAAUUUUAAAAUACAAAAGUUAAUAUUGUAAAGAGAACAUAUAAAAGAUAUAGCAUAUCCUAUAAAUAUAUAAAUAUAUACAUAUGUUCUUGUAUAUUCUAUACAGACUGUAAAAAAGGCCGUGUGAGGGGUGUAGAAUUCCCCUAGUCUUUAAGGCUGUAUAUAUUUCAUGAAACCACAAAAAGGGGGUCUUAAUGCAGAGAUGAGGGAGACACAACAAAGCGCUAUCAAGCUUCCAGGUAGUGAGAUUUUGUGGCGAGACAGUGUUUCCUCCCCCCCACAGGACCAAAAAGCGUGGUGUACCAUGGUUUUAGGUCCGGUGAGAAAACCGCAUAUGGGGCAAAAAUGAGCCGACUGGAGUCAGCAUUUCACUCCGGUCAGUUCACUGAAAUGCAUUACAUUUGGGCCGGAUACGGCUGGGAUACAGGAGCGCCCGGUUUUCGCUCCCCCCAGCCGCAUACGGUCCCGUAUUGCUUAGAAGUAAUGCGACCCCAGCCUUAGUCAUAUUCCGUACCAGUAUCGUCAUUUGUACCCUACUUUACACACUGGGUUUUCUAAUCCACAAGCUGAUGUUGUUUUCAUUGCCAAAGCAUGAGGUAGUUCAAUUUUUAGAGUUCAUUGUAAAUACACUCCCCAAUGGCUGUGUAUAGGGAAUAGGUUAAAGUGGUUAUCCUGUGAAAAUAAUAAUAAUAAUAAUAAUAAUAAUAAUAAUAAUAAUGUAUCACCUAUCCCUAGGGGUCCCAAGCACCGUUCCACAUUGCAGUGGCCAUGCAUGAGCCUUGGCACCAUACAGUGCUAAGCUGUUUCAGGCAGCCCCAUAGGCAUUGAACAGUUCGGUAGCCCACUUGUAUGAUCACCCUAUACUCCUCCUCAUUGUGAUCAUGCAGGAAAGAGGAUCAAAAGGGAGAAAAUCCUGGCACUCGCCAAUGUAGAUGUUCUUCAUUAUAUCAUAGUGGGGCUUGGAUUACGUUGCGGCCCAAGCAUGAGCCUUUCUCGACAGGGAUGCAACAUUUCCAGCCACAGUAUGAUAUAAAAAAGUACUAACUUUUGAAUCGGCAAGUCCUGGGAUUUUCCCAAUGGUUUUACAUUUAUUGCCGUCCUCUAAUGUAGUUAAAAAAUUAUUUUUGUAGGAUAACUCAUUUUAAACUUAUUUAAUAGAAUUGCCACUGUGGUUAGCGUUUUCUACAGGACAACUCUUCAUCUGUGUAAUAAGUACUGUAUUGAUAUUUCUGCACAAUUUACAGCACAGUUAUCGGUAUGGUCCUUAUAGAGAAUAUAUAACAUGUCCUCAUAGAUUAUAAAUAAUGGCACACAAUAGCAGUAUGGAUUAGUAAUCGGCACUUUAUAAUCUCUUUGUAAUGUAUAUCAGAUCACUGUCUUAAUUUACCCAGUGAGCCUGUCAUAGAUGUGUUUAUACUUGGUAUGGAUCGACCGAUUACCGGUUUAGCCGAUAUUAUCGGCCGAUAUUCACGAUUUUGGACGUUAUCGGUAUCUGCAAUUACCUUGACGAUAAUGCCCCGCACCGCAACCCCACCGCCCCGGCCAGAGACCGCCGCUGUCCCAUUGCCUCCCCCAUGCCCGGUUUUAUAAUUACCUGUUCCCGGGGUCCGCGCUACUUCUGGCUCCUGCGGUGUCCUGCGUUAUGCUGUGCGCUGCGCAAUGACGAGUGAUGUCCUCAACCCGACGUCACAGUCAGUGCGCACAGUGACAUCUCAGGACGCCGCCGGAGCCAGAAGUAGUGCAGACCCCGGGAACAGGUAAUUAGAAAACCGGGGAUGGGGAGACAAUGAGGCAGCAGCGGUGGUUGGACUAAGGACCGGCAGGGGGAGAGAAGCGGGUGGCGGCGGUCUCUGGCCAGAGGAUGGGGGGGGGUGGACUCAGGAGGACCCCAAGACAGGCAGGGGGAGAGAAGCAGGCGGCGGUCUCUGGCCCCGCAAAAGCAGCUGCAGUUCAUUGAUUUAAAGCGCCCGCUUUAAAUCAAUGAUCUGCAGCCGCUUCUUUAGGGCCGGGGGGGGGGGGGGAUGCGAUGGAGAAAUAGCCGAUAGUUUAUACCGAUAUUCAGGUAUAAAUCAUCGUCCUGAAAGGCCACAGAUUAUCGGUAUCGGCCCUAAAAAAUAGAUAUCGAUACCUAAUACUUGGCAGCCAAUCUCAGGAGACAGAGCUGCAGAAAGCGGGACAGAGCAGUGACCUGAACCAAUGAGGAGACAGGAGGUGUGUCUAAGACUACUUCAUACUCCCUGUAGGCACUGUAGCUAUAAUGUAGUCGCUGAUAACAUCUGUGCUAUAAUAAAGCUGAACUAAAAAGUCAGCCAAGCAGCAGGCACUAAGGGAGAAUAAAUAUUAGGCAAACAUCACCAAUAGGUACCGACUUGCUUAUGUUUAAAGGGGUACACACUGUUCCGGCGCCGGGAGCUCUUGACGUCAUAGUCCCGCCCCCUCCCAUAGACGUGCAUUGAGGGUGCGGGGCUAUGACAUCACAAGUUCCCGGCUCCAGCGUUCGGAACAGUUUAUUCCAAACGCUGAGCAGCGGAGUACCCCUUUAAACUCCCUACUGGACAGUCAUUUUUAAGUUGCUAUCUGACUUUUUACACAGUAAUAUUUAUGUCCAUCACCUGGAUUAGCUCCAAAUGGCUUUGUAUAGUUUAUUGUAUGAAAGUUGAUCUGAGAAGAAGGUUGGAGGGUGCGAUGGGAGUCUUAUUUCAAUCGUGUUUUACACUGCUCUUUAAAAGGGAAUUUGCACAGGAUCAUUUUUUUUAUGUUUUAAUGAAUAACAAGUCUGUUUAUAAAACUAAUGCUAUGAUUCCACACACUAAGGAUUAUGAUGGUUUUGUGAUAGUAUUGACGCACAGCUCCCUCAUCUGUCUACAGUGUUAGUUACCAGACCUCCUGCCUGCAUAUUAAUUAAAGGCCAGUCUGUCGUGGCGAUACUUUUAUCACUAUGCCUGCGUGCGAUCCCUGUAAUAUGGACCAUUUGUUUUUAUAACCUCCAUGGUGAGCCUGCCAAGUUAUGGGAUGGGGUCUAGCCCCCAGUUCCUGACUCACUAUGUUAACACUAAAGAAAAAAAAAUUGCAUUUUGGAAUGGCACUGAAGAUUAAUAAAAAAAAAUAAAAAUAAAUGAAAUCUA